GGAAGGCGCUGAGCUUAAACUGAAGCAAGUUCUGAGGAAGCCGGUGGCGCCGCGGUUAGAAGAGGGGGUUCCAGGUCCCCGCGCCCGGAGGUGCGAGCCCGAAGGUCGACCCAGAAAUGGGGCGCCGGUCAUCAGACACCGAGGAAGAAAGCAGAAGCAAGAGGAAAAAGAAACACCGCAGACGCUCCUCUUCCAGCAGCUCUUCAGACAGCAGGACGUACAGCCGCAAGAAGGGCGGGAGGAGGCCACGGUCCGAGUCCAGGUCCUGGUCUAGAGACCGGCAGCCUCGCUCACACUCUUAUGAGAGAAGACGCAGGCACAGGUCCAGCAGCAGCUCUUCUUAUGGCUCCCGAAGAAAACGAAGUCGAAGUCGUUCCCGGGGUCGAGGGAAGUCCUAUAGAGUUCAGAGGUCUCGCUCCAAAAGCAGAACAAGAAGGUCCAGGUCAAGACCUCGUCCACGUUCCCAUAGUCGAAGCAGUGAGAGAUCCAGCCAUAGAAGAACUCGUAGUAGGUCUAGGGACCGAGAAAGACGCAAAGCACGGGACAAAGAGAAGCGGGACCAGGAGAAGGACAAAGAAGGACACAGCGUCAAACGGGAAUCUGGAAACAUCAAAGCUGGAUUAGAACAUCUGCCACCAGCUGAGCAGGCCAAAGCCAGACUACAGAUGGUCCUUGAAGCUGCUGCAAAAGCUGAUGAAGCACUAAAAGCUAAAGAAAGGAAUGAAGAAGAAGCAAAGAGAAGAAAAGAGGAAGACCAAGCCACGCUGGUAGAACAAGUGAAAAGAGUGAAAGAAAUUGAAGCCAUCGAAAGUGAUUCUUUUGUUCAGCAGACAUUCAGAUCAAGUAAGGAAGUCAAAAAAUCAGUAGAACCAAGCGAAGUGAAACAUGCGACUCCAGCAUCAGGACCAGCAUCAGUAGCUGCUGAGCCACCCAGCACUGGAAAGGAAAUAGACCCUGACAGCAUCCCCACGGCUAUCAAGUACCAAGAUGACAAUUCUCUAGCUCAUCCAAAUUUAUUUAUUGAAAAAGCCGAAGCUGAAGAAAAGUGGUUCAAGAGGUUAAUUGCCCUCCGACAAGAAAGACUCAUGGGCAGUCCUGUGGCCUGAGCAAGAAACUUCUGGUUGAGUUGACAAAGCCUUGAAAAUUGAGGGUUUAAAAUACUAAUGUUAACUUUUACUCCUAAAAAUAACUUAACCAAUUGCAUAGAAAGCAAAUCUCAUUUCUUCCUUCAUGUUCAACUGAGUAUUUGCUGUUUCGAAUCAAACAUUGUGAAUAGUGAAUCUGUUAUAAAAGAUGUGAGUGUGUGAACAUAUUAUCUUGUUAAUAAAACUAAUCAUAAAAAUGUCAGUGUUGAAGUAAGUGAAUAUUCAGUAGUGAAUUUCAUUACGGUUUUUACAAAGUCAUGUUUCUGACCCAAUAUUGGAUAAUUAUAUAAGUCAUGAUAUUUAGUAUAAGAUUUCAUCUCCUAUGUAUUAUAAAACUCUUUUGACUCUCUUAUCUCACCUUUCUUAGCAUUUUAGGUCUCAUAAAAGGUACCUUUUAUGAGAUCGAAACAGUUACCAUGUUAGAUGUUUGCUAAAACCUUUUCCUGUGCCAAGUGUGGAGUCAGCCUCUAAUCCUAGUCCUCUGGAGGCUUAGGCAGGAGGAUCUCAACUCCAAUCUGCACGUCACAGAAGGGCUCCGACACCUUGGAGUACGUGAUGGAGCCUUGUCUGAAAAACUUUGAAUUAGAGAUGGGUUUGUAUUCAGUGCCCUUUCCUUUAGAAAUGACAAGCCCAGUGCAUCAGUCACUGCACUGCUGUGACAAAGGCCUGGCGUCACAGCAGAGGAAAGCCCGUGCCCAGCUGCUUCCACUGCUCUCGGGCCUGUGGCAGGCAGAAGCAUAGCACGAGGGCAAGGCACAGGGAAGCCGCUCAGUAUUGGCCAUCAGGAAGCCAAGAGACAGCAUACCCUCUGCUCACCUGCUUCUAGUCUGGCCCUCCCGCCGGGCAGCCUAUGCUGUUCCAUGAUGAAGUUACAGUCCUGGGAUCCAGUAACUCUCACAGCACCAGCAGCAGGGAGGAAUCCAAGCCUUGAACAGUUGAGCCUUUGGGGGCCACUGUGUAGAAUGCUGUUCUCUGUGGCUGAGCAGCAGAGCUCACUGCAACCCAUACUAAAUGUACUAGAGAGAAGGACAGAUCCUCGCUGGACAAAACUGGAUUUCAAAUCCACAACAAAUGCUUCCUUUUUCCAUUUGCUCUGCUUGUUUUCACAUGGUCUCUGUGAAGGCUAGAGCUUAAGACACAGCCGUGGGAAGGCCUUGGGAUACGAUACAUUUUGAUUCUCUCGUUUUCAUACUUUAGAACCACGGAAAUUCUUGGCUCUAUUACACAUGAGAAGUACGAAGAACUUGCACUCAAUUGCAAGUGCCGUGAAAAAGUUUGUUUUAAAUGCUUGUUUUUAUGAAUGCAUUUUCUGGAUCUUAGUAGAGGCUGUCUUCCUCGGUCUAUAAAUAAACAUACCCAGUAUGAA